GGUUCCGGCAGCCGACCGGCUGGGACGGUGCCGCAGCGUGAAGGAGUUUGAGAAGCUGAAUCGGAUCGGGGAGGGCACGUACGGCAUCGUGUACCGAGCCCGGGACACACUGACCGACGAGACAGUGGCACUGAAGAAGGUGCGGAUGGACAACGAGAAAGAUGGAAUGCCCAUCAGCAGCCUGCGGGAGAUCACCCUGCUCCUGGAGCUCAAGCACCCCAACAUCGUGGAACUGAAGGAGGUGGUUGUGGGAAACCACCUGGAGAGCAUUUUCCUGGUGAUGGGAUACUGCGAGCAGGACCUGGCCAGUCUCCUGGAGAACAUGCAGACGCCCUUCUCAGAGGCUCAGGUGAAGUGCAUCAUCCUGCAGGUGCUCAAGGGCCUGCAGUACCUCCAUGAGAACUACAUCAUCCACAGGGACCUGAAGGUUUCCAACCUGCUGAUGACAGACAAAGGCUGUGUGAAGAUAGCUGAUUUUGGCCUGGCACGCACCUACGGGAUGCCCCCUAAGCCCAUGACCCCCAAAGUGGUGACUCUGUGGUACCGUGCGCCGGAGCUGCUGCUGGGGAUGACGACCCAGACCACCAGCAUCGACAUGUGGGCUGCUGGCUGCAUCCUGGCCGAGCUGCUGGCACACAAACCGCUGCUGCCAGGCACCUCGGAGAUCCACCAGAUCGACCUCAUCGUGCAGCUCUUGGGGACACCCAACGAGAACAUCUGGCCAGGGUUCUCCAAGCUGCCGCUGGCCACCCAGUACACCCUGCGCAAGCAGCCCUACAACAACCUGAAGCACAGGUUUCCCUGGCUCUCGGAGGCUGGGCUGCGGCUGCUCAACUUCCUCUUCAUGUAUGACCCCAAGAAAAGGGCCACGGCCAAGGACUGCCUGGAGAGUUCCUACUUCAAGGAGAAGCCCUUGCCCUGUGAGCCAGAGCUGAUGCCCACCUUCCCACACCACCGGAACAAGCGGGCGGCCAGCACGGCGGUGGAGAGCCAGGCCAAGCGCAGCAAGCCCUGAGCUGUGCCAUGGGCAGAGGUGUGGUGUGUCCUGGCUGAGGAGGAUUCCCUCAGCCCAACAGUCCUGGAUCCAUCCGUUCUCAGGAUGGCUCCUGAAUCCAUUUUGGAGGCUGGGCAGGCUCCAGUCGGGGGCCAGGUGAGCGUGGUGCUGGGGCCAGGAGAAGAGAGAUGGGGCCCAGGGAUGCCCAGGCUUGUCCCACAGGGGUCCUGGCUUGUGCUGUCUGUGUGGGGGAACCCCAACUCUGCCA